AUGGUCCCCGGCCCGUUGACGAAGCGCAACACCGACAUCUCGCCGGAACGCUCCCUCAUCAAAGGAUCCCACCACAAGCGUAUGCAGUCGCUACAACCAGGAAGCGUCAGAGACCUCAGCCUGCUUCUGGAGAGUGGCCAGCAAUCCAAUCCACCAUCGCCGUCCAAGUCUCCCGAGCGGACGACUCGACCUUCUACUCCCGGGGCCAACAGAAGGGACAGCUUCGCCGACUCGAGGCGAGACAGUUUCGCAGACAGCAGGAGGGAUAGCUUUGCCGACUCAAGGUCAACAGAGAGAGAAGCCACCACGCCGUCUUCAGUCACGAGCCAGACACCAGUCGUGCGCCCUGCCAUCAAGAGACAGCAACAGAGUAUCUUGGGCGAGAACCCGCCUCCACAAUCUGCGACCAUGCUUGCCAUACAGAAUAUGCCGCUUCAGGGUCAGCAGGAAAAGGAGAACGCCCUUACUAACGUCACCAAUGCCUCCAAUAACGCCCUCGUGAGGGCCCCUCAACAGGUCGAAGCUCUCUCAGGGCAGAUCCUGAGUCUUACCAGCAUCGCUACAGCUUUGCAAAAGGACAUGGCCCAACUGAGUCGACGAAGUCGGGACAAUGCAACUGACUUGCUCAGUCUGAAGGAGGCUACCAAAGCCCGGGAUGAGGAUAUCCGCAAGAGCCUGCGCGAACUCAUCAAUAACGCUCAGGAUGCCGCCACAAACAGCAGACCGAGCUCCCGGGAUCCCUUCGCUAACAGCUUGUUCCUCGACACCAAGCCUCACCACACAUCCCCUCCCCCGAGCAAAGCCGCUCGUCCAUUUUCUCUGCCUAGAAUUCCUUCGCCCAACAGCUUCGCGGCAUCAAUCGACCGAGACAACCUGAGCACGCCCUCGCUCUGCAACUCAGAAUCUCCUGCCACAAUAGCGAUACUCGACAAGAUUAUCAGGGACAUGGGCACCAAGGAGGGACAUGAUCUCCUUCUUGCUCGUUUGACAGACGUUGCCGAAAAGCUGGCUGGCGUUGCCCCGGCCUCAAAAGUGGACGAGCUGAUUCAGCUCGUCAAGGCCAAGUCAGAGGAUGCUAUGAUAGCUCGAGCAGGCGGUGGCAAUGGAGGCGGCAACAACAACCGACCUCGUGCAGCCGGCUUCGACGACGAUUCUGGCAGCUUGGACUUCGACUUCGACCCUGGAUACGCCAGUCAGCUGACACAUCGAUCCGAGAGAGCCUUGCACAAAGAAUCUUCCUCACGAUCUGCGGGCCCGUCUGCCAACGCCUCGGAGCUCGUCAGUGACGAAGUACUCAAAAUCAUCCGCGCUGUCAAGGACAGUGUCGCUCAAGGUGGUGGCCUCACUGCAGAGGUGAAGGCCCUUGUCCGGGAACUUCGCGGAGAGGUCUUGGGCAUGGGACGGGAGAUUGGCAGGAGACUUGACGAAGUCAACACGCAGUCAAUGUCCGCCGAGCCACCAGCCAACAAUGAAGAAAUCUCCAGGAUCGUCCACGAGGGCCUUGAACAGAUGAGAGAGCACAUGGACGAGCUUCUUCGUGAUCACCGACGCCAGUCUGCUGCCUCCGCUUCGUCAAGAGCAACUGCUGUUGACUACCAAGAAAUUUACAAUGCCAUGAGAGCGGCACUCCGAGACUCGCAGGCCUCACAACAGAAAGAGCCCGACCUGAGUCGAGAAGAUGUCAUUGAAGCUGUGAGAGAUGCAUGGGAGAACUACAAGCCGGAAGUCGAAACCCACGAUCCGGGACUUGGUCGGGAGGAAAUAUUGGAAUACCUCAAAGAGGGCUUGCAAGAUUAUGUUGGCCGGGACGAACAGCCUGUUGGAGCCUCACGGGAGGAGGUGUUCCAGGCAGUCGUCGAAGGUCUCAAGCACUUCUCCCCACCGCGCGUGGAUACGCCAGCCAGCCUCUCCCGGGAUGAGAUUCUCGAGGCUGUCCGCGAAUGUUUGGAGGAAUUUGAGUUCCCUGUGGCCCCGUCAGCAUUCACCCAGGAGCUUACCAGGGAAGACAUGAUUCACGCGGUCAAGGAGGGCCUGAGCGAAUACGAUCUGCCCACCACAGGGGCUCUCGUCCCUCACCAGAACAACAACGAAGAGAUCGUCACUCGGUUGCAAGACAUCCUUGAUUAUAUGCGUGGCGAGUUCCGUGCCGUGACAGAGGACGCAAAGCAAAACGCUGUAGCCAACGGCCGCGAUACGGAACACAUCAUCGAUGCCACGAAGGGCGGCUUGGAGAAGCUGCGUGCCGACAUGCAGGAGUAUAUCAGUCAUCUGAGUAGCAGUGCCGGACAGGAAGAGGUUACCCAGACAUUACUCGGCACUCUCGACACCUUCAGGGACGAGAUGGCUUCGCUGGUUGAUCGCGUCUCAAGCGAUUCAAGGUCGACAAUCGAGAGCCACAUGGAGUCACUUCGAGACACUGUCAACUCCUCAAUGGUGCCAGCUACUCCACAAGUCAACCAAAAGGAGAUCAUCGAGGCUGUACGAGACGGUAUCGACAGCGUGCGUGCCGAGCUGCGCAGACCCUUUGCUGGGGUCACUGAUAUACUGGAUGCUCUUCACGACGGCCUGGCAGACCUGCGCAUCAGCAUCGAUAAGGUUGCGAACCGGCCCGCGGACCUUACCGCCAAUGACGAGAUUUUGGAUGCGCUGAAGUCCGGCCUCGAUAAUGUUCGCUCAGAGAUCGACAGCCUCCGGGAGCAACAAGGGCAGAACGACAAGGCCUUGACAACAAUGCACGCAGGUUCUGUUGUCCCAAUGGAUGGCCUCAAACAAGACGACAUCAAGAACCUGGAAGUUCUCAUCACUCAAUUACGCAUCAAGAUUGAGGCCAUGGAGCCUGCCAGCGUUGACCCUGUCGCUAAGGAUGAUCUCACACGGAUGGAGGAUAUGCUACGCUCCCUACAGGAGUCUGCAUCCAAGGACGAUAUCCUUCGCCUCGAGGACAUGCUUCGCCUCGUCCAAGAAUCGGUUUCCAAGGACGAGACCUCCCGCAUUGAGGAGGUCUUGCUCAAUGCUCAAGACUCGGUGUCCAAGGAGGACGUUGCACGCCUGGAGGAGGCAGUCUUGCACAUCCAAGAGUGGGUCAAUUCCAAGGAGAGCCCCGCCAGCACCGAUGCUGCGACAAAGGAGGACGUCCAAGCUAUCGAGACCAUUCUGCGUAACACCAAGGGCCGGCUGGAUGACCUUAUUGAUAACGAGCAAGCUGUGCGCAAAGAGCACUUGGAUAGCCUCGAGAACACUAUCCUAGAGACCAGGGAGGCUAUUAAUCUCAUCACCACUCAGAUGGACGGCCUCUCGAAGAAGGAUGAUGUGACUUCUGUUGAGGCACUGGUAACACAGGUCGCUGCAGGCUUCGAAGAGAUGAAGGAGAGCGCCGCUAAGCAGCUUGAGGAUCCUGAGCGUGUUACCAAGACAGACGUUGAGGCUGUCGAAGCCGUGUGUCUCGACAUCAAGAACGUGUUCGACCAAAUGCUCAAGACUGAUCUGGCCACACUUGCCAGCAAGGAAGACAUAAAGAAGACAGAGACAGCCUUAGAGGAACUCAAAGACCCUCUGGCGGGAUUGCAGGACGGAUUCCAGGAGAGCCUUAAGAUUCCGUUGGAUGAGCUGAAGAUUGAGUUGAAGACCUCUCUAGAGGACCUCAAGUCUCCGCUCGAGGAACUCAAGACCCGUCUCGACGCCCUGACCGAGUCGCACGCCCAAGGAGGUGAAGAGCGUCAGGCUGAGAUCGUUGGCGUCGGUGAACGGGUUACCGAAGUCAAGACCUUCCUCGAAGAGUUCCGAGGCCUGGUCAAAGACAAACUCGAAGAGGGUGUCACUGGUAUCGAAAUGCUUUCAAAGCUUUUCGAAGGCGUCUCAACAACCGUGGAGAGCAAUGCGACUGUUGGCCAGGAGCUGAAGGAUCUCUCCGACUUAAUGAAGGUGGAAUUCGAGGAGUCAAAAGCCGGUGUGGUGGGUGCUAAGCUAGAGUCGGAUGAAAAGUUCCAGCAGACGACCGAAGCCCUAGCCACCAAGAUCGACGAGAAGGUUGCGGAGCUGAUGACAAAAUACGACGAGUUCCACGUUGCCCUCGACGACCGUGCCAAGGCAGGAGAGGCCCGGGAUGCCAGCACUGAAGAGGCAGUGCUGGGCACCAAGGCGGUGGCCGAAGAACUUAAGUCCCUGGUCGAUACGCUUGGCGCUGCAGUCACCGACUCAAUGGAAAAGAUGGAGGAGGCGUCUAAGACUGUUUUCACCAAGGUCGAGGACCUCAUGACCAAGUCCGAGGAGAACCAUGCGGACGGCAAGUCUGAGCACCAGCAGACUCGGGAUCACUUCAAGGAAGCCGUCGAAGGUCUCCAAGGGCAGGUUGGAGAGUUUCAGCCUCAGAUACUCGAGUCCGUCAAGGAUAUCUUGAUGAUCGUUGGUCAGCACUACGACUAUGCCAAAACUUCGACGAACGACAUUCAGAAAACCAUUGAAGACGCGAAACCAGUCGAGCUUGCACUCCCGCCAAUCCCCGAAAAGUACGACGACACAAUGGUCCUCGAGAAGCUUGACAAGCUGGUCGAGCAUGCCUCGAUUCCCAUCGAAAAGUACGAUGACGCUGGUGUUCACGAGAAGCUUGACAAGCUUGUCGAAAACGCCACAGCCCCAAUCGAAAAGUAUGAUGACGCGGUUGUUCAGGAGAAACUCGACAAGAUUGUGGAGCAUAUCUCGGUGCCUGUAGAAAUAUACGACGACAAACCCGUCCACGAGAAACUUGACAAGUUGGUCGAGCACGUCAUGGUCCCUAUUGAGAAGUACGAUGAUGCAGUGGUGCAGGAGAAGCUGGACAAACUUGCCGAGCAACAGGCACUGCUACCGGUUGACAAAUAUGAUGAUGCUAUCGUUCAAGAGAAGCUUGACAAGCUUGCGGAGCAACAAGCGCUAAUCCCUGUCGAAAAAUAUGACGAUGCGAUGGUCCAGGAGAAGCUCGACAUGAUUGCCGAACAGCAGUCGUUGAUUCCGACGGAGAAGUACGACGACGUGGCAGUCCAGGAGAAGUUGGACAGGCUUGCCGAACAGCAAUCGUUGAUCCCAACCGAGAAGUACGACGACGCCCUUCUUCGAGAGAAGUUGGACCAACUUGCCGAACAGCAGUCUCUGAUCCCGACCGAUAAAUAUGACGACACAGAUCUUAAAGAAAAGCUAGACAAGCUUGCUGAGCAACAGGCGCUGAUUCCCACCGAAACGUACAAUGACGCUGCCAUACACGGCAAGCUGGACGAGCUUGUUGACCAUACUCAUGCUGCUGAGAAGGCAUUCUCCCAACUCAACACACUUGAGAAGGUCCACCAACAAGUUAUCCAGACAGCCGCAGACAUCUCUCUUUUCCUCUCCAACCAGACCCAAAAAAUCAAGGAAGAGGAGGACGACCGAGAGCAGGUCCUGCAGGAAGUCACCCUUGACCUGGAGCGGAAGUUGACUCUCAAGGAGCAGAUCGAGUCCAAUCUGCUGAAUCUCAAGCAGGAGGAGGAGAGGCUUAGAGAUUCCGUGCUCGGUCUCCGUACAGAGCAAGAAAGUCUAAUUCGCCAGAAGACGAGGCUGACUGCCGACGUAUCGUCCCUCGAGACCGCACUGCAUAUCCGUAGGGAUGAACUUCAUGAUAUGGAGACACGUGCUGAAGGUUUGGAGCGCCGCAUCUUGGAGGGUGUGAUGGAUCAUUCUCGAGUCCUUCUGAUGUCAAAGGCAACAAAGGGCCGUGACGCUAUGAGCCGGAAACGAGUCCGAGACCAAAAGCCAGGCCAGGAAAAUGGGUCGACUGAGAAGCAUGCACCCCCAGCCGUCAACUUGGCGCUCUCUGCGAAACGGAACCUGAAGCCGCCAACGCAAACGGGCGCCGCACGCCGCAUCUUGUCCCUUAGCCAGAUCACGAACAAUGUCCCGACCGGCGGUGUACAGCGCAGCCAAAGCGUUAGGACUGCUGGUGCCAAGGGCCACCGAAAGUCCAGCUGGGCGGGUGGCUUUUCCAAGGGCUAUGGGGAUCUCGAUAAGGAAAACAUGUCGCUGAAGGAGACCGAGGAGGAGAAUAUGCCGAGUCCCGUUCCGGCGCCCCGCGAGGAUCCGAUAGAUGUAGCGGAUUCUCUGACGGGUGAUGACGACCCGAGCGACACCGAGACUUUGCGCCGUAGCAGUCACGGCAGCCGAAUCAGCCGUGGUAGUCAUGGCACGACGGUCGUCACGGAGAGCACCGAGAACUAUACUGGUGACGGGGACUAUUCGGACUACUACGAUGACAACCAGAGCGACCUGCAGAGCGAUCUCCAGAGCGAGUGGACAGAUAGCGCCGUAAGCUCUAACAUGAGCUCCGAUCUUGGCUCGGACCUCAGCCAGGAGGCUCUCAACAAUGAGGUCGUGGCAUACGGGGAGACUGCUUGA